AAAAGGAGUGCCAAACUUGAAGCAUGAAACACAAGAUCUCAGAGAGCAGAAGAUCUCGUCCUCAGCUCCACAUCGUCAGAGUUCUACAGCAUAACGGAAAUGCCUGCCGUGACGGGAUCAACAAGGAACGGGUUAGCAACGGGCAGGUUUCCAUCUGUCACUCUUGGAUUUGGGGAGGAUGAGGUGGAAGACGAGGAAGAACCGAGAGAAGAAAAUGCUGAAGAAGGGAAGGGGUGCCGGGCGUGGUGGCGCAGGGUGUGCCCAUGCUGCUGUCCACACGUGAAGGAUGACGAUGUCACUGACACUGUCAUCACGGACACUGACGAUGCGGAUAAGGACAAAGACAAAGACAAGGAAAAGCCCGACACCGGUGAAGGUGAACUUGAAGAGCUCCUCCUGAAGGUCAAAUCAAUAGACCUGAUGAAAAGCAAAUCGGGUCAGAACCGCACAGAACAUCACACGGAUCUCUACCAAAACGACAACUUCAUCAUCCGCAGAGGCCAGACCUUCCAGAUGUGGAUUACACUGUCCAGACCUUUUGAUCCCCACAGUGACACGCUUCACCUGCACCUUAAAACAGGGCCCAUUCCCGCCGUGGCAAAGGGAACCCAUGUGAUCGUCCCUCUGGUGGAGGACCUGGAGGACAACCGCUGGGAGGCUGCAGUGGUGGAAAAGGACGACAAAAAAAUCAAGCUGUCAGUGAACUCACCAUCCACUGCUGUCAUUGGCAGAUACCAGCUCACUGUGGAAACAACAUCUGCAAAUGGUCAGGCUGUUUCCACACAUGACCCUGCGAAUGACAUCUACAUGCUGUUCAACCCCUGGAGUGAAGAUGACUCUGUCUUCCUGGAUGCUGAAGAGGAGAGGCAGGAGUACGUCCUUAAUGAUGUCGGACGCAUAUAUUAUGGCACCGAAGAUCAAAUCGGAGAGAGAACAUGGAACUAUGGACAGUUCGACAGCGGGAUUCUGCCCGCUUGCCUCUACAUCCUGGAAAAGAGCAAAACACUGAACUCUGGUUGGGGAGACCCGGUGAAUGUGGUUCGAAUCGUCUCUGCCAUGGUCAACUCACCUGAUGACUUUGGGGUUGUGUCAGGAAACUGGUCAGGAAACUAUUCAGGAGGAACUUCUCCAACAGUUUGGAGUGGAAGUGUAGAAAUACUGAAGCAAUAUCAUGCAAGCAAAGGCUCACCUGUCAAUUACGGCCAGUGUUGGGUAUUUGCAGGUGUCACAACAACAGUUAUGCGGUGUUUGGGCAUUCCCACUCGAACUGUGACGAAUUUCAGCUCUGCUCAUGACACAGACGUUUCCUUGACAACAGAUGUGUACCUGGAUGAGAACCUGGAGCCCUUAGACUCCAUGAAUGCUGAUUCUGUUUGGAACUUCCAUGUGUGGAACGACUGCUGGAUGGCUCGUCCCGACUUGCCUCCGGGAAACGGAGGCUGGCAGGCUGUUGAUUCCACACCUCAGGAGACGAGUAAUGGCGUUUAUCGCUGCGGUCCUGCUUCUCUCGCUGCUAUCCGCAACGGCCAAGUCUACCUCAAAUAUGACUGCCCCUUUGUGUUUGCCGAGGUGAACAGCGAUAAAAUUUACUGGCAAAAGAAUGCAGAUGGGACCUUCAGUAAAAUCUACAGUGAGAAGAAUGUUGUUGGUCACAGCAUCAGCACUAAGGCUGUGGGCUCAGAUGAGCGCGAUGAUAUCACAUACAUGUACAAACAUGCUGAAGGCUCUGAGGAGGAGCGCAUCGCCGUGGAAACGGCCUGUCGCUAUGGCUCCAAAGCAGACACUUAUGCAUCUCCCACUGCAGAAGACAUCUCUAUAAAAGUGGUCAUGGAGGGAGAUGGUCCCAAAAUGGGGAGCGAUGCAGAGCUUAGCAUCAAGUUAAGCAACAAUAGCUCCAAAAAGCGUAAUGUAACCCUCCAUAGCCAGCUGGCAGUCAUGUACUAUACUGGAGUCUACAAAGCCACUGUCCAGAAGGACAAAGUAGAUGUGGAAUUGCUACCCAACGAGGAGACUACCUUGGAAUGGGCCUUGAUUUACAACACAUACAAAGAGCAGCUGGUGGAUCAGGCAGCCCUGAUGUUGACCCUGUCAGGCAGGGUCAAAGAAACUCAGCAGGUGUUGGCCACUCAGUUUAGUUUCCGCCUCAGAACCCCAGACCUAGUCAUAAAGCCGAUUGGGAAAGCUGUGGUUGGAAAGAAGAUGGCAGUGGAGAUUUCAUUCACAAACCCACUACCACAGGUGCUAAAAGCUGUAGCGUUCAAUAUGGAAGGCAUUGGUCUUCUACCUGCACGAAAAGAUAUUGGCAGCCAAGCCUCCAUCACUGUCACAGAGCACUUCACCCCUACACUUGCUGGACCAAGGAAAUUGGUGGCUUCUUUGGACUGCAGGCAGCUCACACAGGUUCAUGGUGUUAGUGACAUCCUGGUGGAGGCCUGAAGCAGCAAAACUCCAGAGUGAUUCACAAAAAAAACACUUUGAUGCUGCAAACUGUGGGAAGACUUUAAAAUAUUAAAAAUUACCUUUGAAUUGACAAGAUGUUGUAAUACUGAGCUAACUUUGCACUAAACCGAGAAAAUAUUGAAGUGUAGAGAAAACAAGUGUUGCUACUUUUGUGUUUUAUUAGUGUUAAACUGAAUCCUUUCUUCAAAGUGGUUGGAGAUGAUGUUACCAUACGGAAUGAAGUAAAGCUGUUUGCUGUGGGCAAACUGUUGCUGUCGUAGCUUCAAGAAAUGAGCAAAUGAAGACACAACCGAAAUGAAUAUCACGAAUCCUAUUUAUUUAAAAUAUGCACAUUUUAUUUGACAUACAUUGCUUAACGAAUGGUAUUUUUUUAUGUUGAUUCAUUGAUGAAUAAAUAUUGUGAGAUUAUAA